GCUUGAUCUCGCUUCGAGUACUUACAAGGCUGCGCCGACCUGUCGCCCUCGAUUAUUCGACAUUGAAUCAUCGGAAGAACGGGAGUGGCACACGACGCGGCGGGCUUGAAGGGUAGAUAAGAAGAACAUACCCACUGCAUUCACAGUCACAAAACGCGAUGCCCCAGCGCAGCGGAGGCGAACAAAGCGACUGCAGCUACGACAUCGUCCUCUGGGACGGCGACGUCCCGUGCGCCGUUCCAGCCCCCACCCACGGCCGUGGCCAUGGCCCCAGCGCAGGCGGCGCGGCGGAUCCCAGCCGCCAGGGGGCCCGCACGCGCCGCCCGCCGCCGGCGCCGGCGACGGUCAUGCAGAUGGUCGACGACGACUUCGACGCGGUGACGUACCCCGACACUGCGUUCCCUGCGUACAGCACGUGGGAGGCGGAGGCGGAGGCAGAGGACGGGCGGUGUCCUGUGUAUCGUGAGGGCGUGUUGCAGGAUGUGCACGAUGGACCGCAGAUGAGCGCGAUGCGUUGUGAGUCGGGCUGUGAUGGUUGUGGGCGCGGCGGAGGGGCUGGGUAUGGGCAGGGGCAGGAGAGCGAGCGGUGUUAUGAGGCGCGGUCGAAUGGGUGCGAUGAUGGGAGUGGUAGGGGUAGUGGUAAGGGAGAUAGGGUCCGGGACGACGGGUACGGAGGCCGUGGUGUGCAGGCGCUCAGACCGGGCAUGCUGAGCCGGACGGACUCGAGGCGCACGGACGGGGAGAGUGGUCGGCAGAGGGAGAGGGAGAUCGAGCAUACCAUGGCGAACAUGAACAUGCGCGGGGAACCUUACGCGCCCAGCGAGCAGGGGGUAUCGGCGGUGUCGGAGGUGCGCUCGCCGAGGAUGAAGGCGAGCGAGGGCAAGGCAGGCUCGGGCUCCAGCGCGGGAGGUCCAGGAGGCACCACCAAGAAGGGCAAGACGGUGACUGACUGGCGCGAAGAGGUCGCGCGCCGCGCGGUGGCGAAUGGACACUCGCUCGCGCGGACGCCGCAGCACUCAGAGGGCGCCCCCUCGGUCUCGGCCGGCGCCUCCUCCUCCUCCGAGGCGCGCGCGCGCGUCCGCCGCAUCCCGCCGCCGGACGCGUACCCGCCCGCACAGGCGUACAUGUCGCGCUCCGAGCGGAUGUACACGCACUCGGAGCUCAAUAUCACCAUCCCCGGGGGCGGGGGCGGGGGCGGGCUGCUCGAUCCCAUCUCGACGUCGACGCCCAAGGCGUCGCAGCAUCCCCCGUCCCAGUCUCAACCCCAGCAACAGCCCCAGCAACAGGCGCCGUCCCAGCAGACACCGCCCCGCCACCGCGGGCCCGGCCAGGGCGACUACGACCGCACGCGCGACCGCUCGCGGGAGCGCGAAGAACGCGCGGAACACGAGCGCCAGGAGCGGCGCGCGCGGCGGCGCGAGAGGGAGCGGAUGCGGGAGCGCGAGAGCAGUCCGGCGCGGUCGGAGCAUAUUUAUACGCUCGCGGAGCUGAAUGCGCUCUCGAACGACGAGUAUAUCGCGCAGCUGCAUGAGCGCGCGCGGAGUCGGCAGGCGCAGGCGCAGGCGCAGGCGCCGGAGCCUGUGGAGAGGGGCGCGGAGUCGCCGGAUGCGGUGGCCGGGGCCACGCAGAGUCAGAGGGAGAGGGAGAGGGAGAGCCAGGGCAGCCGCAGCAGAGGCCAGAGCAACUCGCCGCGCAGCUCGCCCAACUCGCGCCCGCGCGGCGGCUCGGGAUCCGCGUCUUCCCCGCGCUCGCCGCUCCAGACCCACUCUCACUCUCACUCUCACACCCAGUCCCAACUCCACUCGCACUCGCACUCCCUUUCGCACUCAGAAGGAAUCCCCACCCCGCCCGCACCCUCCGCAUACGUCUCGCGCUUCCUCACCACGCACUGCACCCCGCCGCUCACGCACCUCGCGCCCGUGCUCGGCGCGCUCGGCGUGGCGGGGGAGACGCACAUGCGCGCGAUGGCGCGGCUGAGCGAGGAGACGCGGGACCGCGAGGUCAAGGCGGAGAUGCUCAGGCGGGGCGCGACGGUGCUCGAGUGGGCGGUGUUUGUGGAUGCGCUAAGGGGGCUUGCUUGAUUUGCGUUGGCUGUCGGUGGUGGUGGGCGUGGGGGUUUUUGGGAGGAAAUUUAGAGUGAUGUUGUACGAUGUAGAAUUUG